CUCCGUCCCCGGGGCCGUUACGCAUUUACACCUGGAGUAGAAAUCUCUCAUCUUUAGUUAGUCUUUGGACGUGACCGGAAAAGGAGGGGUCGUCAUCCCGGAAACGGAAACGUCAGUAAAGUGUGGUGUUUUCGAACAUCAGCAGGACAAACACAAGUCCCAUUCGGUCCAGAUUUACCUUAAACUGGACGGAGACGCCAAGAAGGGCAUUAAGAGGUUGUCUUUGAAAACCCUGUGGAAUCCUGGGUAAGUUCCUCAGAGACAUGAAUUACUUUGCGGUUCUAAACACAGGGAGGAAGAUGCCCCUGCUGGGCCUGGGCACGUGGAAGAGUCAGCCUGGACAGGUCAAACAGGCGGUUCUCUGGGCCUUCCAGUCUGGGUACCGCCACAUUGACUGCGCCGCCGUCUACGGUAAUGAGGCUGAGAUCGGAGACGCCCUAGAGGAGACACUGGGUCACGACAAGAUCCUGAGACGAGAAGAUGUGUUCAUCACAUCCAAGCUGUGGAACAGCCGACACCACCCAGAAGAUGUGGAGCCCACUCUGCUGAAGACCCUGAGAGACCUGAAGGUGGACUACCUGGACCUAUACCUCAUCCACUGGCCCUACGCCUUCAGACGUGGAGAUGUGAAUUUCCCCAGAAAGGAGGACGGUACCAUUCUGUACGACGACACCCAUUACAAGGAGACCUGGGGUGCCAUGGAGAAGCUGGUGGGAAAGGGUCUGGUCCGAGCCAUUGGCCUGUCCAACUUCAACAGUCAGCAGAUCGACGACAUCCUGUCUGUCGCCACCAUCAAACCAGCUGUCCUUCAGGUGGAGAGUCACCCCUACUUGUCCCAGGAGGACCUGCUGGGCCACUGUAGGGACCGGGGCCUGGUUCUGACGGCCUACAGCCCCCUGGGGUCACCGGACCGAGCCUGGAAACAGCCUGAUGAACCCGUGGUCCUGGACGAGCCUGUGAUCGCUGCUCUGGCGCAGAAGUACAACAAGUCUCCGGCUCAGAUUAUCCUGAGGUGGCAGACACAGCGAGGCGUGGUAACCAUCCCCAAGAGCGUAACGGAGUCCCGCAUCCAAGAGAAUAUUCAGGUGUUCGACUUCACCCUGGAAGCGGAGGAGAUGCAGACGAUUUCAGCGUUGAACAAAGGCUGGCGUUACAUUGUACCAAUGAUUGAAGUGGAUGGACAGCGUGUUCCCAGGGAUGCAGGACAUCCCCUCUACCCAUUCAACCUGCCCUACUGAACCCCCCCCACACCUGGUUUGUGCCUUUUACGUCAUGGACAUCAGAUCAGACAUCGUUGGAUGAAGCUGUUGGAAUGUGUCUGCAUUAAUGAUGAAGACAGGAAUUAUGGGAUGGCCAUUAAACUGCUUUACUCCUUCCAUGUUUUUCUAAAUAAAGCUUUUGCUCCUGCCUAUUCCGUGUGUG